AUGCGUUUACGGAAGCCCGGAAGAGUACACGGAUCGUGGCGGGCGCCGCGGCGACGAUUCGCGGCCGCGAUCACCCCGUCGCUCGUGAGUGGGACGCCACCCUCGUCGAUUCCGUGCGGCGUCUCGUCCGACCUCACGGGCCCGUCGUAUCCCGGCGCUGCGCCUCAUUCGCGUCCCGGCGCGUCCGCGUCGGGCCCCUUGCAGCUGUCCGCCAGUGUGUGUGUUAAUAUGCCUAAUUUAAGUUACAUUCCACCAUUACACUACACCAAGCCCAAACUAAUAGACCCGCCGUACCGGCCAGUGACACUGCCGUCCGCGGGGGCUAGCGGCGUGUAAGACACUAGCAAAUGGAGCAAGCUUACCCGCUCCAUCUGGGCGGGAGGAUUUUGGUUCCUCGUGUGUUUGAUAGGCGCGAUCUGCGGCUUCAUCGGCGCGCACAUCUACAACUCGUGCCUCGUGCUGGUCUACGUCGUCUUCGCGUGGGUCUGGGUCGCGGGACUGAUCCUCAACAUCAUCGUGGUCACGAUCUUCUUCUUCGCGAACCGGCACGAGUUCUCGUGGGUCGAGGGCAGCUUCACCGCGUGGUACAUCGCGUUCAUGGUGUGGUCGCUGAUACUGCUCGUGGUGAGAGUAUACAUCGCGGGCUUCGUGCACAAGUUCUUCAACGCGCUGCAGUCCGUCGGCGACGACCGCGCGAAGGAGCUCGGGGAGCACUCGAACUACGACCAGAAGUGCGUCGUGGUCCCGUAG